AUGACUAACGCUGUUUUCACUUUAUUGUACAAUCCCGACUAUCUUGCUGGAGCAUUAGUAUUGGGUUCAGUGUUGAAGAAAUUGGUGUUACGAUCGGACCAAAAAUAUCCGGAUUUGAAAUUUGGUAUUCUAAUUGAUAAGUCCAAGUUUACCUCCUACCAACUACAAUUGUUAUCUAGAUAUUACGAUGAUUUAAUUGAUGUGUCCCCCUUAAAGUCUACUAUUGUUGAAAAAUUGACUUAUGAUUUGAAGAGACCGGAAUUGGACAAGACGUUUACCAAGGUUGAACUAUGGUCUUUGAUUCAGUAUGAAAAAAUUUUAUAUUUGGAUUCGGACACUUUACCGAUAAUUCCAGAUGCAGCUAAUGGCGGCACUGUUUUGGACUUGUUGGCAUUGGAUUUUCCCAAGUUCAAAAUUUUGGCAGCACCGGAUAGCGGGUUUCCUGAUAUUUUCAAUUCGGGUGUAUUUGCCUUGAGACCUAAUUUGGAUGACUAUACAAAUCUAGCAGCAUUGGUGCAAGAGUCAGUUAUAAACCCUAAUGUAUCUUUUGAUGGUGCUGAUCAAGGUUUAUUAAAUCAAUAUUUCAAUGCCCAACCUGAUUGGGUUCAAGCUUUAUUGACGAAACAUGAUGCUACAGUUGAUUUGGAAACUGUUAGUUAUACCCAAGACUCUAAUUGGAUCAAGAUACCAUUUUUGUAUAAUGUGACUCCAUCUGCCGAAUACCAGUAUUUGCCUGCAUUGAAACACUUUCAAAACCCACCAGGACAACCGCUGCUUUUAGAAAACCCACAAGCAGAAGCCGAAUUAGUUGAUCAAGGAGCAGAACAGCCAAAACAUGAUAAAGAAUUGUGGGAGAGUACGUUUGACACUAUAGGACGCUAUCACUCUACUGCCUUGCUGUAUAUCAACUAUAAGACCACUCAAGUCAAGGUAGUUCAUUUUAUUGGAAAAUAUAAGCCUUGGAGACUGAGUUCAAAUGUGUCAGGGGUGCAUAGAGAUUGGUGGAAAGCUUGGAUUGAAGAGUUUGGUGAAAAAUCGUUAUUUGAUGUGGUAUAUGGGGAGAAAUCUUUAGAAAAAGAGCCACAAACUGACUAUACACCAGAGCCAUCUAGACAAGAGUAUCCCAAAGAAGAACCAACUGAGAUUUGCGAAGUAAAAGCUGAACCGGCUCCAGAACCACCACUUGAUACCUCUGAUCCACACGUGUUACUUGAUCCAGCAAAUUAUCAACGCUUUGAGGACCGAAUUCAACCUAGCAUCGAUGCCAUGUGGGAUCCCACAAAGGAACCACCACCAAAACGAGAAGAUGUAAAAGAAGAAGAAACACACGAUUUUCUUGAAAAAGUUCCUAAAUCGUUUGCCAAAGAAUGGGACAGCUCAACUCAUUACCACCAUCCACCUGAAGAAUACGAAGGCGUUCAUGAUACUCAACACCAUAUUGAACCCUAUCAUCAAGAGGAGAUCCAAAAAAAUGAUCAAUAUAAUUUGGAAAAGGAUGUCCAACCACCUAACAAUGAAUUGCACAUAUCGCCAUUUGAACACCAAGAACAUGACCAUGCACCUGAGCAUACUCCUCUGAAUAUACCACCCGAAAGACCUGAAUUGUAUGGCCAUAAAUUUGUUGAGCCUGAAAGAGUAUUCGAUACCGCUGAUGAUUACUUCCCAACUCACAUUUUACAAGAGGUGGAAAAAAUAAAUAUUUCCAACAAACCAGAUACUGAAGCAGAAGUUGAGCCAACUAGUGCUUCUGAAUUAGCUACUGAUGUCACUGCUUUCAAUUUAAUGAACGACAAGCUUUCAAAAGAAGGGGCCAUCGAGGAGUCUGCUUUUGAAGAGAUUUACACAGAAGAUAAUGAGGAAAUAGAUGGAGAGAUUUCUGAGGAUGAUAUUUUGGAGGAAGAGGAAGAAGAAGUGGUACCAAAAUUGUUCCCCUGGGAAUUUAGAGAAAGUGGUAAAGUGGUUGCUGAAAGAGUGUUUGAUUAA